AUGUCAACACUGGGGCCGUCCGGCUCCAAUGCGCAUGCCGCCUUGAAUUUCUCCCAGGCUGGCCUUCGUCGCGGCGCAGGCUUCCCACCAUCGCACCCGAACCAGCCUAACAAGCAGUCUCCCGCGCCCCAUGCUGCCUCCCCCUACCAGUCUCAUGCCUACACGCCGCAGCAGCCGCAGCAAGGCACGUAUCAGCACAUCUUCCCUCCGAACCAGAUGAACGCCAAUGUCCCCAAUGGACCCUCACGCGGCCCGAAUCCGCACCUCCCCAAUAGUCUCGCCGCUCAGCGCCAGCGUGGUGCUCCCUCGCGCCAGCAGAUGCCAAACCCGUCGCCUAUGCUUUUCCCGGGCGCCAUCACCCAGUCUAUACAGCACGACCCGAUUCUCUCUCACCACCAACAACAGCAGCACCAGCAACACCAGCAACAUCAGCAGCAACCUCACCAGCAGCAGCCUCAUCACCCGCAACAACAUGGUCACCAGAGCCAUCAGCAGCAGGGCCAGCACCAGCAGCACCAGCAGCAUCAGCACCCUGGCCACCCGACUCAUCCUUUGACGGCGCAUCACAGUCAACAGAGCCACCAAGCACAGCAAUCGCACCAACACCAAAACCAGCAGCAUCAGUCUCAUCCAGCCCAUCAAAGUCAUCCUGGCCACCCCAGCCAUCUGACUCAUCCACAGCCUGCGCAUCAGAACCACCCGCUGCACCAGCCUCAUCAAUCGCUCCAGCAGCAACAGCAAGCUCAACAACAACAGCAGGCGCAGCAGCAGCAGGCUCAACAGCAGGCGCAGCAGCAAGCACACCAGAAGCAACAAUCCCAACCCCAGCCUACGCCUCAACAACAUACUCCUCAGCCCCAGCCACAGCAGCAGCCUACGCCUCAGCAGCAGCAGCAAUCGGCCCCCCCAAGCCAGCAGCAAUCGCUACAGCACCAGGCGAAGAGCCGAACGCCGCAGGCGCAGCAGACUCACGCGACUCCCCGGACUGCUCCAGCUCAGCUCCCGCAACAACAAGAGGUUCAUACUGUUGAGGAUAUCGACAUGGAAGGCCAAGGAGAGGCUGAAGAUCCCAAUGCCCUGGAUGCCAAGCUUCGCAACGACCCCUCAUUUGUGCCAUCACAACCUAUGGGUGAGAUGAUGUCGCCGCCUCCUGAAGGCGGCAGCUAUCCUACGCUGGAAGCCGUGCAAAAAGCCGUUCUUCGAUACUGUACCUCUGUCGGCUAUGCUAUUGUCAUUGGCCGGUCCAAGAAGACGGUACCUGGAUUAAAGAAGGUUUUGUUUGUUUGCGACAGAGCUGGAAAGCCCCCAAGUCGCGUCAGCCCCGAAUUCCGUAAGCGCAAAACUUCAUCUCGCAAAUGUGACUGCCCCUUUGGCUUCUUCGCCAUUGAGCAGCGCACACAGUGGACUAUUCGUUAUCGACCCAACCCGCAGCACUUGACGCACAAUCAUGGCCCUAGCGAAGGUCCUUCUGACCAUCCUGCUGCCAGAAAACUGGACAGCAAAAUGGUCGCCGAGGUCAAACGUCUCAAAGAAAAUGGAGCGGGCGUGCCGGAAACCCUGCAAAUUCUGCAGACUGAAAACCCUGAAUGCCACCUCCUCCCGAGGGACAUUUACAAUGCGCGAGCUGCCAUCAACCGAAAUCCUACCAAGGUGGCUUCGGGCAUUGCCGAGAACCGACCAGCGAUAUAUACCAAGACGCCACAGUCAUCAGAGGACAAAAUCCGCUCUGACCUACGACGCGAGCUGUCCAAGGCCCACGAGGACAUGAAAAAGAUGGAAGAGGAGAAGCAAAAAGAGAUAGACUCGCUCAAGACCAUAAUCAAGGAAAAGGAGCAGCUUAUCACGAAGUUUGAAAUGUUCAUCGACAUAUGCAACGAAAGAGUCAUGGUUCAGCGUGAGAGACUUGCAGGACAGGAGCAAGGGGGCGCGGGUGGAAGCAGUAUAGUACCGUGA